CAUAUGCUUCGCGCGAUUUUUUUUUGGGAAAACUGUGCAGAGGUGGUAAUCUUCAUUGGAGCAUUGUGUUGAGAUUGCAUGGAUAGGCCGCUCUCCAAGAGCGCUGUCGUACUUCAAGGUCAACUCCAAUGAACGAUCGCAGGCGGGAAUUGCCAGGCGCAAGCUUCAGUGGUGGAUGAGAGGCAGACUGAGCCAAUUUUCGACGAGAGUCAACGAUGGUGCCCGCGCUCAACGGGCAUAAAGAUUUCGAUGUGAUGGACGAGUCAAAUGCAUCUCACCGUAACGAUGACGAAACUGAAAUGAGCUAUCCGGAUCCAUCUCGUGUCGUACAGACUCCCUACCCAACGUUGUCCACUAGUCACACACAAGACGAAGCAUCCCGGGCAGAGCACAUAUCAUACCAGUCGGGGACAGAGAACGGUCUACAUCCGGCGCUUCAUGAUGAAUCCAAUGGUCAAAGUCAUCAAGGAGAAGCCGCGGGGAGCAUUGCUGAGCAGGCUCGAUCAUUCGCACAAGAAUUUUAUGACCAGGUCGGUCCUCCGGGCGGCGACGGCUUAGAGGAAGACCAAUCGGACUGGGUUCCAAACGAUACUCAGGCAGAGACCGACUUCGAAACUGAAUUCGAAGAUACCACCGAUAUUGGUAAUGUCGAUAUUGGUGAUAUCCUUGAUGGCGAAACGUCCAUUCUCGGCACGUCGGGGUCGACCACGAAAUCCAAAACCAAAAGCAAAGGGCAAACAAAGGCGCGAAAACGUGGCUGGCGACAGUUCUUGAAAGGAACUGAAUUUGAAAACCUCGGCAAAGCCAAACGAGACCCUCCACCCCCCAAACGACCUGUACCUCGAAGGAAUCGCAAUUAUGUCGAUCCCGGCCGGGACUUCAAGGAGAUGUUGUCGAAAGCUUCCCAAGAGUUCAUGGCUGACAACUUGGAUGCCGCAGCCGACUUCGCACGAGGUGCUGUCGAAGCCAAUCCGGAGAUCUUUGCAGCACACUCCUUGCUCUCCGAGAUUCUGCGCAAACAGGGAAAGAACGAAGACUCCAUCCGGGUGCUGACUUGGGGUGCUCAUGUUGCGAAGCAACCUACCGUCUGGUUGAAUAUUCUGGAGCGCAUCUUGGAGCUCCUGGAAGACAGUCCCAGCGAAGCUCUGAUCAAGGAAGCGCUCGAUUGCGCGAAGGAAGGACUGCGAUUGAAGGCUGCCGCCUCCCCUGACCUUCAAUACAUGUUUCAGCGACACAGAUUCCAAUUGUACAAACAGCUCGGGGACACGACCGCCACGCGUAAGACUUGCAAGUACAUCAUCAAGCGUUGGCCCAAGGACAUUCAGAUGUGUCGCGAGUUCGCCGAAUUAUGUCCUAGCUGGAAUGACACGACUGAGCUGAAAUUCGCUAAGAAGCUGUACGACGACGUGCUUGCCUCGCUGGAUGACCCUUCUCAACUUGAGCCCGAGGACGAUCCCUGGCGGCAUGUCAUUGCCUAUCUUGAAGUGGUCACACUACUCGAUGAGCCUGCCAAUGCUAUCGCCGCCGGUAAACGUCUUUCGCGUUGGGUUCUCGGACGCAAAGCCGAAUCGUUCUGGGACACUUGGAACGAUGACGAUCGCGAAUUUGACGUGGAUGAUGAACGUCGGCUUGAAGUCCCUGGGUUUGAGUCAUCCAGCACACCCGAAGACCGUGCUAAGUACGGCGAAAGCCUGCCCAUUGAGAUCCGUGUCAAAUUGGGAAGAUUACGUGCGAAGAUGGGUGCAUCGCAUCUGAACGAAGCCUCGAAACAUUUUGAACACCUCGCUGCGUUUGAGGACUGCAUCGAAUACUAUUACGACCUCUACUUGCAGGCAGCGUCCUCUCUGAAUGCUGCUGGUCUGCUGCAGGACGCAGCCCGUCUCUAUGACACCCUCCGUGAUGUUCCGGAUGUCAUUAAUGAACCGACAUGGAUGGCUAUGGGGAUGUGCUACGAGGGCCUCCGCCAAAAGGAAGACGCGAUCGAUUGUUUUGAGGAGGUCCUAAACCUCGAUGGGGAGAGUUACAGUUGGGCGAGCGCUCGCCUUGCGAAAAUUUACGAGGAAGCUGGCGAUUCGGAGAAAGCUAGAAGCUUAUGCGAAGAAGUCAUCAAACUCGGCCGCAGAGAUCUGCUCCGCAACGCCAAAGUGAAGGAUAUACCGAUACUGCUGCCAAGCUCUCGCACAGAACCCACCGACAGCGAGGCUGCACCGACUGAGGCGUUGUCAACCAUCCCAAUUGAACCGUCACAUGCUGCCGUCGAAGGAACCUUCGGUGAAUUUCAGCUGGAACCGCCGCUGGAACCGCCGCUAGAGCCGGAAGCUGGACCGGCACGUCCUCCAAAGAAGACCAGAAAACGAAUCGCAGAGGAUAGGGCCUCAGGUACCGAUACUCCAGCUGUCAAAAGAUCUAGAAAGCCCAGGUCAAAUCUCAUCAGAAGACCGACCAUGGGUGCGGAGCGGCAGUUGCGUCAAUUUGAGGACGCAAGAUCCCGCAUUCAUGCUAAUAUCGGAGUAGUCCACAUGCACUGGUCUGCUAUGGAAAGUGGCGAGGACGAGGAGGCGAUAAAUCUGUGGGUCGAGGCCGCAAGCAAUCUUCUCGAGGAGUUUCUGGCGACCAGAGUCUUUUUCCCCGACAACUCCAAGAAUAUGCAGGUCAAGGUGUCUGCUCACGAGGAGCGAAUCUUUACAAGAAUCGAGGCAGGGGUACCCAAUCCAGAUGCGCCGACAGCAUUUCAAGAUAUCACCUUCUACGAGUGGCACCACGUCUUAGCUGACUUGGCUCUGUAUCAUGCCAAAAGAGGGGAACAAGAGAAAUGCUACAAGAUUGUUCAAGGCGUGCUCUUGACCGCCAAUGUGUUCUGGCAAGACCCCGAGAUUGAGCGAAUCAGCAUCUCUGUCGCACUGUGCUGCGCGCUGAUCUUCAACGAUGGACAGUACGCAGUAGAGCUGGGUCGCAAAAUCAUCGGCAUGGGUGAUUCACGAUCGACCACGGCGUUCCAGCUCUUCGCUGCGACCAACCGCUUCAUCUAUGGCAGUAACUGGUUCCAGGCAGGACCAUCGCAGAAAUUUAUGCAUCGCAUCCUCAAGACCGCGGACUUCCUCGCCAUGCCAAGUGAUUUGCGUGAACAAUAUGAUUUUGCCAUUCAGAAAAACUCGCUUAACCAGCGUCUCGCCAAGCUCUCCGACGAAACCCACGAAGUCAACGCCAAUGCGCUGAUGAUCUAUGGACACAUGGUGGCCGUGGCCAACCAUUCUUACACCUCGCUUCCUUAUUACUUCCGCACCCUGGCCAUGUACCCCGACGAUAUCUGUGUGAACCUGAGCAUCGCCACGAUGUGGGUGCAAAACUCCAUGAAGCGCCAGACCGAGAACCGUCACUUCGGGAUCAUGCAAGGUCUGGCAUUCCUCUACCGCUACUACGAGCUUCGCACCGCAAGCGGCCGGGCGUGUGAUUUGCAGGAGGCGGAGUACAACGUCGCGCGCAUGUGGCACAAUCUCGGAUUGCUUCACAUCGCUAUGCCUGCGUAUGAGAAAGUGCUGGACUUGAGCGUUCAGGUCCAGGCGGAAUGGCUCGCGGGUCGAAGCCAACGUGGCGAGAGCACCGCAUUCGAUGAGGCGGAGGAUUUCGCGAAAGAAGCUGCGUUUGCUUUGCAGAGCAUCUAUGCUGUUGAUGGAAACGAUGAGGCUGCUAGGGCUAUCACUGAGGAAUGGCUUGUCAUAUAAUGAUAAUAGUAAUAAUGAUUUGGAGGUACCCCUGACCGUACCCGUGUUGGGAACGCGCAGAGAGCCUAUGUAAAUGUAUAGAUCAGCACGUUCUAUGGAUAGGUCGUGCUCUGCUCAUUAUGGCAG